CAGAUUUACCGUUUAGCAGAGCAGAGUUCGCUGUCGAGGGCUUUUAUUAUGAAGGGGCUUGAGUUGACAGCGAGUUGUACACCAGCACAGCUUUAGUGAAGCUGGUUUGUAGGUUGAAGGAUGGAGACCAGUGGCAAACCCUCGACAGCACAGAUUGUGUUGUUGGCCACUAGCUCGGCUCUGACUGCUGUUUUAUACACCAUAUACAAGAGGAAGUCGAAACAUGUAGCGAAAUUAAGGGAGGCCAAGAAGAUGCCAUUAAAUCCAGACUUGAAAACUAUCCUAGGUGAAGCACCAGGAAAAUGUGUUCCCUAUGCAGUUAUUGAAGGUGUUGUGCGCUCGGUGAAGGAGACCUUGAACAGUCAGUUUGUAGACAACUGUAAAGGAGUCAUCGAGAGGUUGACCCUAAAAGAGAAGAAGAUGGUGUGGAAUCGAACAACAAAUCUAUGGAACGAUUGUGAAAAGGUCAUCCACCAACGCACCAACACCGUGCCCUUUGACCUCGCCCCACAUGAUGACACUAUUCCCACAACAGUACGAGUGGUCCGUCCACUCGAUGCAGCCGAAUUAGAUCUGGAGACCACCUAUGAGAACUUCCACCCCUCCCAGCAGUCCCUGACCAACGUCAUCGGCCACUUUAUCAGCGGCGAGCGCCCUCAGGGCAUCCAGGAGACGGAAGAAAUUCUGCGUCUGGGUGCCAGCAUGACAGGCGUAGGGGAGCUGGUGCUGGACAACAACCUGGUUCGUCUUCAACCCCCUAAACAGGGCCUGCGGUACUUCCUCAGCCGCCUAGACUACGACAGCCUCCUGAGCAAGCAAGAGGGUCACCUGCGGAUCUGGAAGGUCUUGACGAUGCUGUUUGGCUUAACUGCCUGCGCCACACUGUUCUACCUCCUGUGGCGGCAGUACGUGCUGCGGAAGGAGCGGAGGAAAGAGCGCAGCCUGCUGGACGAGUACAAGAAGUGGCAGAGCAGACGUUUGCAGGAGCUUCACCUGGCAGAGGAGGAUCUGUCUCCUACUUCAUGUACAAUAUGCUUGAAUCGUGAGCGCUCGUGUGUGUUUCUAGAGUGUGGUCACGUGUGUGCCUGUGAGGAGUGCUAUAGGGCCCUGCCUCAACCUAAGAAAUGUCCCAUAUGCAGGGCUACAAUAGACAGGAUUGUCCCUCUGUAUAACAGCUAGAGGCUUGAGUAUGUAGUAUGCACUUACUUUGAAAUGAGGCACUUUGGGUGUCAGCACAGCAUUUCAUGCGAUGUAAGAAUCUGCCAUAAUCCAAACUGCCCACAGUAAAAAAUAUUCUUCCAGUUUGAAUUGGUUUUCUGUUGAUUGAUCCUCAAUGCCUGUGUGAACUGAAAUUAAAUGGAAUUUGUUAUUUCACCCAAAAUCAAAGCAAAAGAAAAAUUAUAUAGACAGUUUUCUAUAAUAAAAAAUAAAAUGAGCCCAAUUGAGGACGAUUACUUUUUUUUUGCAUUGUAACAUUAAUCUUAUGACAAUUAACCACAUUAUUUAUUGUGGUUUAAGCUAAAUUCUCAUUGUUGUAAUACAUUUAUUUUUUAUUUCAUUAAAAACUAAUGUAAUACAAAGACUUCUGUAUUCCAGAAAAUUAAACAAUUGAAUUGUAUGCUUUACGCUUUACAUUAAAAUUUAUAUUAAAAUGUAAGUAUUGUUAGCAUUUCAAAAGUGAAAGAUUUAUUAUAAGGAAUGUGCUUAGUCAUGAUGAAUAUGUUAAGAUUCGCUUGUUAAAGGAGAAGUUCACUUCCAGAACAAAAAAUUACAGAUAAUUUACUCACCCCCUUGUCAUCCAAGAUGUUCAUGUCUUUCUUUCUUCAGUCGAUAAGAAAUUAUGUUUCUUGAGAAAAACAUUUCAGGAUUUCUCUCCAUAUAGUGGACUUCCAAAAUGCAGCUUCAAAGGGCUCUAAACGAUCCCAGCCGAGAAAGAAUGGUCUUAAUCUAGAAACGAUUGGUCAUUUUUGAAACAAAUUUACAAUUUCUAUACUUUUUAACCUCAAAUGCUCAUCUUGUCUCAUCUCUACAAUGCGCAUGCGUAGUCUGUGUAAUCCGGGUCAAUAGAGUUAGGGUAUGUCUAAAAAGUCCCGUCUCGUUUUCUUCUUCAGCGUCAAAAUUGUCCUACAUCACUGUUUUACCUUUUUUGUAAAGGGCCUUUGAUCUUCUUUGCAUGUUCACUUUGUAAACACUGGGUCGGUACUUCUGCAGCAAUAUAGGAUGAUUUUUAAGUUGGAGAUGAAAAUGAGAUGGGAGUUUUUCGACAUAUCCUAACGGUGUUGAACUGGAAAAAAGUCCAUUAUAUGGAGAUAAUUCCUGCUUUUUAUUUUUUUCCAAGAGACGCCACGAGAAAAUAACAAACGGUGCUAAUAUACACUCACAAUGUGAUAUAAUACUAUCAAAAAAAAUUAUAAUCCUCCCCUUUAACUCCAUACCGAAAUCCCAUAUUACCAAUAAAAAUAUAAAUAUAAAUAAAUAUAAAAAUAAUUUGUGUUUGGGACGCUGUGAGCACAGAGACUGUAGGGUACACUGUAAGUUUAAAAACGUAUAGCUUAAAUGUUUAAUAUGAAUAAACAAUGCUCAUAAACAGCUGCUGACAUAGUAUUCACAAGUAAAAUAAGUUGAGCCUUGAACCCAGACGCAUUACGUCAUCACUUGACAAGCGAAUACUGAACAGUAGGCUUUAU